GUGAUUAUUGACGUUGAAGUAAUUAUGCAUCGGGCCUGACGAGACAUGUUGGUUGGAAUUUUCAUUUUGUCGUGUCCCUUUUUUUUCUGCGUUUCGUGUUUUCCUCUCCCCUCCUUCUUUGCGCCCAUGUAACCGCCCAGUGCGUUUGUCGCCUAGCUUGUCCCUCUGUUCCUAGAGCCACCAAGAUGUCGAAACCACAAACUGCUGCGCCCGCGGCGGGCGACUACGAGGUCCAGCUCCAGCCGCCGCUGCACUGGACCGAGCAGCCACUACCCGAGGACGACGACGCCGACUCGGCACUAGGCGACGAUGCGGCCAGCUCGACGGCUUCUGUCUCGUCCAGCAUCCUGCAGUACCGGACGAUAAACGGGCGGACCUACCACAGCGACCGUGGAACCAACCAGUACUGGGGCUCGAACGACGUUCCACAAAACGAGACAUUGGACAUCCAACACCACGUUUUUACGCUCGCCCAGGACGGCAAGCUCCACUUCGCUCCCCUACCGGAUGAGAUGGAGAAAGCGGUUGACAUUGGAACUGGAACGGGCAUCUGGGCCAUUGACUUUGGAGAGCAGUACCCCGACACCGAGGUCAUCGGCACUGACCUGUCGCCCAUUCAGCCAAGCUGGGUCCCGCCCAACGUGCACUUCCAGAUCGACGACUUCACACAGGAGUGGACAUUUCCGGAGGGGUCGCUCGAUUACGUGCACAUGCGGUGGCUAAUCGGCUGCGUGACAGACUGGACGGCGCUGUUCCAGCAGGCGUACAAGACGCUUAAGCCGGGUGGUUGGAUCGAGUCAUUCGAGUGCAACGGCUUCUUCGAGUCGGAUGAUGACACGCUUCCUGAGAAGUCGGCCUUGGCACAGUGGGGUGUCCUCUUUCGCGAAGGUGCCAAGAAGUUAGGCUCCACCGCGUCUUUCAGCGUGGUCCACGACGAAGUGCAGAGGAAGUCGCUGAAGGAGGCGGGCUUCGUCAAUGUCCAGGGAAGGCUUAUCAAGCUCCCAACCUCCGGCUGGGACAAGGACCCGAAGCAGCGGGAAAUAGGCCUGUACACGCGAGCCGCUAUUGUGAAUGACACCGAGGGCUCGGUCGGGUUUUCAGCUAGCCAGCUAGGCUGGUCUCGGGAAGAGGUCGCUGUGUACGCCGCCCAUCUACGUCGCGAGCUGCGCAGCAAUAAGCUGCACGCCUACUACCGCGCCAACGUGGCUUGGGCCCAGAAGCCGGCUGCGGCUUGAAGUUUGAGGUAGCUUCUUUAAUUGAAGUUCUGACUACAAGAAAUCUAACGAC